UUCCAACGUUAUUAUUUAUAUUUUUUAAGUGUAGACAUAUUACAAUUAAUUUUAGGCUUUGAAUAUGUUACAUUAUACAAUGUCAUUUGUACAAUUACCAAUGUGUAUAUUAAAAUUUUAGUUUUUCUGUGCAGCUAUUGAAAAUUUUUGUGUAACUUCGAACUAUCAAAAAUUUUGAAUGUUGCAUCGUUUGAAUAAUUUUUUGUAAUAAAAACUACUACGAAGAGUUUUAAAAUAGUUAAAACUUUGACGUCAAAUUAUUAUAAUAUCACUAUGACUGAAGAGAAUAAUACUACUAUGGAAGUACCAUCUAAUGACCAAACUGAUUUGGUGGUCAAGAAUGCACCUGAUACCGAACCAUUAUUUGUUGUUGACACAACUCAACACUCCAGUAGAACUUGUGAAGCUCCUUUAUAUCAUGAAAAUAUUAUGUUUUUGGAAAAAAAUGAUGAUGCAUCAAAUAAUGAAAAAAAAAAAGAACCUACUCAAAAACAAAAUUCUUGUUGGAAUUGCUCAUCUACAAACCAUGCGUUAAUGAAUUGUCCAAAACCUAGAGAUCAACGUACCAUUACCAAAAACAGGCAACUGUUCAAGGCUCAAAAAUUAAUGCAACCCGGUGGUAGAAAUAACAGAAACAGAGCAUCAGCUAAAAGAUUUACUCGAUAUUAUUUGGAAGAUGGCCCUGAAAACAAAUAUGAUAAAUUUGUACCUGGUAAACUGAGUAUUAAAUUGGUAAAAGCAUUAGGCGUACCUAAAAAUGGACUUCCUAUACAUAUUUAUCGGAUGCGUAAAUUUGGAUAUCCAAAUGGAUGGCUCGAAGAAGCCAAAGUUAAGCAUUCAGGAAUAACAUUAUUCGUUGAUGCUAAUCAAAGUGAACCAUUGUCUAAAGGAGAAGACGGUGAAAUUGAUGUUAUUAAUUUUAAAAUUGACAUGGGCAAAUUGUACAAGUAUCCUGGUUUUAACACGCCAAGUCCUCCUAAUACAAUUGAUGAUCAUAAAAAAUAUGACUGUCCUCGAUUCGAUCCAAAUCAAAGUCUUCAGAAUAUGUGUGAUAAAUUCAAAGAUUACAAAUUGAAUCCUUAUAAGCGAGCCAAACUAUUGUUUCCUGGGGAUACUACUCUGAGCAAUGAAGAGAUGGACAUUGUAACUAGUUCUGAUGAAAAUGUUCGCCUGCCUGAAGAAAUCACGACUUUAGAAGUUAAACCUAUUGAUUAUUUGCCAUCAUCUCCUGAAGAUGGAGAAAUUUUAGAAAGUGAAAACAAUGUAUUUAAAGAAAUUAAACCUGAGUUGGCUGAAAUUAACACUAGUUUUGAAGCUAAUGGUCAAAACCAUUUAGAAACUAGUGAAUACCACAGUGUUUCAAUUUACGAGACUUCCAGUAAAGAGUUGGUUGAAAAAGAAUGUGAAAAUCAAAAUUCAAGCGUUAUUAGUAACUUUGAAAAUAAUGAACAAGUUGAUAGUGAAAAAAGCCUUAAUUCGACAUCUGAAUCUCCUACUAAGAAACAAUUUAGUGAGCUCAAAUGUGAAUUUGUAGGAACUCCAGUACUAAAGAGAUUUUCAUCAUAUGAAAAUCGUCCGGAUCAUGAUAAGUUUUCUAAGGGAAUGGUUGAUAUAAUCGACCAUGAAAACUUACCUAAUGCCACUGGAACGUUUAGUAAACUUAAAGAGAUUUUAAAAGAUGUUCGAAAAACACUCAAUAGUUUAUUAUGAGUUGUACCUCUGUUGAUAGACUAUAUAUAUAUUAAAAAUAUAUAAGUAACUCCAAUCGAUAUCAUUAUUUUAUUUAAUUAAUAUUGUUGUUUUUUUUUUUAGUCAACCAAUUUAAAAUAUUAUUGGUUAAGCAUUUGACAAAUCUUUCUUCAUUAUAAUUAACUAUUUCAUAUAUUUAAAUACAUUUCAUUGAUGUAAAAAAAAAUAAUAUUAAGAUUUUUAAAAAUACUAAAAACUUAUUUUAAUUUUAAACAUUUAAGAAUAAAAUAUCACUAUAACUAAAAUAUAACUAUAUGUAUAUAAUUAAUUCAAUUAAUUUUUAUAUAUUUAUAUAUAAAUUGUGUACAUAUUGUGUUGUAAUAUUAUUUUGUGUUAACCUAUAUUGCUUGAUAAAGUUUUCUUUGAAAAGCAUGGUCUAAAUAAAUUAUAAAUAUAUAUAGUUUAUUUGCAUGUUAAGUUUAUUGAUAGUAUUUGUAAUUUUAUUUCAUUUUUUUCAUGAUUUUAUUGUUGAAAAAUGUUUAUAAAAACGUCUUUUGUUUGAUAUGUUUUUUUGCUUUAUAUUAUUUCUUGUGUACGUUUGGGGAUUUUAGAAUGCAAGAAUAUGUGUGUUUUUUUUAACUAUGAGAUAAUGUGGUUCAAAGUUUUUGUUUACUUCAUUAAAACUGUAAAAAUAAAAAUAUUUUUUUAGUCUAUUAGUGUUAUUUAAUUUAUUUUUCAAUUUAACUACUUAGUAUAAUUCAUAGUUUUCAAUUUUACGUUAACACAAACUAAAUAUUUAUGAUAUGUCACUUAUACUUCUUGCAUUGUGAAUUCUUCAGUUAGGUACACAGUUUUGUUUUAUGCAAGUAAUAUACACAUUAAAAACGCGUGUUAAAUAAACAUAAUGUAAUAAAUUAUACAGUAGUGAUAAUUUUUUUUAUUCGAAAACAAUACUAUAAAAUACACUUAAUUCAAAUUAUUUUAUUUAUUAUUAAAAAAUUAUUUUUACUUUACAGCCAAAAUAUAAUAUAGUUAUUGAGCUUAAUUUUUAAAUUUUUUUUGAUCUAUUUAACUAAAUUUUAUGGAAAAUUUGUAAACAUAAAACAUUACCAAUAUUAAAAUAAUAUUUCUUUAUAAAAUGUAGGUAUGAAAAAAGCCAGUUAAAUUAUUAGAAAUUAUAAAAAUAUCAAUUCUUAAUUAUUAUUUUUUUACAUAAAUAUAAUUGUAAUGUAUUACUCAAAUAAGGUUAUAAGAAAUAUUUUUAAGUUUGAAUUAAAAAAUAAAAUUUUCUGUAAGUGUGACAAAGUUCAUAUUUAAAUAGUACUUUUAAAGUUUUUUUUUCAUAAUAUUUUGGCAACAAUUUUAUACACUACAUAGUACAUACUAGCUUGUACAUAGUACAAGUGCAGAUGAAUACUCCAUUUUUGUUGGAUAUUAUUUUAAUUAAAAAUAAUUAGUUAUAU